UGCUUUGUUUAAUUGUUUUUCGCGGCAAUCAUUUGUAAAUAAUGACGGAGACUCUGCAGAAAAUGAGAUCCAUUACACUGAAAGGUUCGGCAGAAUUAGUGAAACAAUAUUUACAUUACGGGGUGAACAGCAUUUUAUACCAAAGAGGCAUUUAUCCGCCAGAAACGUUCGAGCCUGUUGAACACUUUGGCUUGUUCGUUUUAAUGUCAACGGACUCGAAAAUUAAAGGAUUUUUGGAUACUGUUCUCGGUCAAAUUCAAGAGUGGCUCGUGCAACGAAAAGUACAAAAAAUAACGCUCGUUAUAACAAAUGUUAAUACUAAAGAAGUUUUAGAAAAGUGGGACUUUAAGGUCGAUUAUGAAGGUCAAACUACAAAUGGUACAAACGAUAGUAUAAAUAAGAAUCUUCCGGAAGUGGGAACAAAAGAUGUAAAGACUAUACAAAAGGAGAUCCGUGAAGUGAUACGUCAGAUCACGGGCACAGUGAGUUUCCUUCCAUUAUUGGAUUGUUUAUGUUCUUUUGACAUCUUGACGUAUACAGUACCCGAUUGCGGUAUUCCAAAAGAAUGGGACGAAACGCAGCCUGUUUUCAUUGCUAAUAGUCAAGAAGUUCAGUUAAGAUCAUUUUCAACUUCUCUUCAUAAGAUGGAUACCAUAGUUAGCUAUAAGAACCUUUAGGAUUAUGUUAUUUU